AUGAAUAAGUGGAAAAUCGACAGCUCGUCGUCUUUUUCACGUAGUCUUCGAUGUGACGAACCUGGUGCAAUAAAUCCACCAGGUUUCUCUCAAAACGUUGUUGCUGUACAGCAGGUAGAAUACGGCGGAAGAAAUGAACAAGCCCAACACUUGAUGACCAAACGGGCUUGGGAUACCGCUUUACAGCCGAUUAAGAGUUUACCUAUGAACUUGUUUAUGAUGUAUAUGUCUGGAAACACGAUUAGCAUUUUCCCGUUGAUGAUGAUUGCCAUGAUGGCUUGGAGGCCUGUCAAGGCACUUAUGAGCGUGAAUCCCGCAUUCAAGCCACUUCAGGAUGAGCAUACUGGAAACCUUCUUUUGCAGAAAAUAGUAUUUGUAUUGGGCAACAUGAUUGCAAUAGCGUUAGCAUUAUAUAAGCUGCAUGGGAUGGGGCUUUUGCCGAACCAUGCAUCUGAUUGGUUAGAUUUCCAGCAGCCACCAGCGAGGUUGCAGUAUUCACUUGUAUCUGACGCUUUUGUUGAAUAA